GGAGAACAAAGAAAUGCAUCAACUAUUACAAAAACAAUAUGAAAAUAAUUAUGACGGUUUACAUGCUAUACUAGGGCAACUUGAGCAGUUAACUAACAAAGAAAUUUACGAAAAACAAAAUGAAGAAUAUAAUAAAAAUUUUGAGGCUUUAAAAAAUACUUACCGAAAUAUUUUCGAGAUUAAUGAAAAACAGAAGAAAUUAAAUGAAAAAAAGGCUGAACCAAAGGAUAAACAAAAGGUGGACCUUAUGUCCCAAAUGUAUCAACUUUGGCUAAAAGAGUUAGAAGAUAAUAAAAAACGCAAAAUGUCUGAGGCUGGCCCAAGUAAUACAAAUGCUGAUCACUCAAAUCAACGCCAUUCGAUAGAUUAUUCAAAAAUAUUCUUCAACGAGUUACAAAAACAGCAAAUUAUUGCCUUACAAAUAUUAGGUAAAAACAAUCAAACACUUCACAUCCUUCAAUUAAAACAUUCUUAUCAUAUAAAAACUUUGUUUAAUUUAAAUUUGCAUAUUUUGCAAAACACCCCAAAUCUUGGAGAAAAAUACCAACAACAUUUGCAUAUCUUAAAUGAAACGUAUAAAUUAAUUCAAAUUUUAAAUGAGUUUAACCAACGUUUAAUGGGAAGUUUGAACGCUAUUGUUAUGUAUCCAAUACAGCUUUACUCUCCUCUUUUAAAAAAUUUUAUUGAAAUGAAUCAACAGGCUCAAAAUGAACAGAAUUGGAUAUUUAAUGAAGUUGGAAAGAUAUACCCAAAUUUGUUGGAGAAAUUAAUGCAACAGCCGUGA